AUGUCCGUUGUUGGAUCGCUUAUUUUCUGUUUGGACUGUGGUAACCUGCUGGAUAACCCAAAUACUGUUUCGGGCUCUCAAAUUGCAUGCGACCAAUGUCAGGCUACAUACCCAAAGUCUCAAUUCUCUAACUUGAAAGUUCUCACAACCACCGCAGAAGAUGCGUUCCCUUCGGCCCUGCGGUCCAAGAAAUCUGUUGUUAAGACCUCGUUAAAGAAGGAUGAGUUGGAAGAGGGAGCCACGAUCCGCGAGAAAUGUCCCAAAUGUGGGAAUGAAGAAAUGCACUACCAUACACUACAACUUCGGUCCGCAGACGAAGGUGCCACUGUUUUCUACACUUGUACACAAUGUGGAUACAAAUUCAGAACGAAUAACUAG